AUGCCCACUCCUCAACGGAUCACAAACAAUGACGACGAGGUCCUACAACUACAAAGCAUGUACUACGACAUCACCCCUCUCUACCUACAAAGUAGUGAAAUCUACAACACUCCUCUCCUGUCCCUCCCCUAUACUUCCAUGUAAUUCCUGAUGUAAAUAGACUCAGGUUACUGUUAUUAUUUUUCCUGUUUUUCCCUUAUAUUUCAUUUCAUAACAAUAAAUCAGCAAGAUGUAUGCAACAUAUAAAAGCUUGUACCGAAACAAUGUCAAUGUCUAAUACUUCUUACAGCACUUCCUACUUAAUGCUUGUGGAAACAGCCAAUACGACCUACCAGUUAUUUUAUUGUUUGUUGUAACACUGAAUUGUAUAAAUUGUAAUCUCACUUUAUUUCUAUGAAAAUUUAAAAACUUUCAAAUAAAGAAUUAUAUAUAAAAACAAUUGUGCACUGAGGGAAGCUAAAAUGUGCACUCCUUUUCAGGAAGUGUGUAGAGAAGCUGUGUGAUUGACAGGCAGCGAGGUGUGGCUAGUGCACCAUAAACAAAACUAUUUAACUCCUAAAUGUCAGAAAAUUGACCAUUGAGACAGCAGGUUCAUGAUCUAUACAUCAAAACCACAUCAUGAAUCUAAAAUGUUGUGGUGCGUAGAGUAUCCCUUUAAGGUUAGCACUGGGAAUACACAUACAUGGCAUAGCGAUGCAAUGACUCAAUGCGUCUCUUUGGGGAAAACUCAGCUCCUCCAUGCACAGCAUGGAGACGCUAAACGUCAUUGCUUCUCCUUGUGCAGCACUGAUCCAGGACGUAUCUCCAGUGGCCGUAAGUGACUGCCACUAGAGGUGUCCCUAGGGAACAAUGUAAAAACUGCCUUUAAAAAAAAAAAAAAAAAAAAAAAAGUGUUUACAGCAAAAAGCCUGCAGGGACUGACAGUACUCAACAGGACAACUACAUUAAGCUGUAGUUGUUCAGUUGACUAUAGUGUCCCUUUAAUUGUUUAACUAUUAAGUAAAUAGUUUAAUAUGCUGAGCCAUAUUUCUUAUUACUAAAAGCAGACCAGCUGGGUCUACUUCUGUGUGCUGAGACAUGAGACCAUAUUCUAUGAGCCAAUGCAGAGUGUGGUGAAUUUUCAGAUGGAUAACAAAAAUUGGUGGAGAAGUAAAACCAAUGAAGGGGAGUAAAACAGUGCCCCAGCAAGAUAAUGGUGUGCAAAUGGAAAUCAGGGGGGUAUUACAGAUGUAAUCCGCUUUGUACAGCCUUCUUACAGUUGAAAUUGUAAAGCAACGUGCAAAUCAUCAUUAAAUCCAAUAGGAGCAUAGCAGUACACUGUGUUUAUUUCAGGAACCUUUAUGUGCCGGUGCCCAGGUUUUUCAUAACUACACGGUGGAUUUUUCUCUUAUUUGUGUUUAAUCCCAGGUCUUGUUAAGACAUUGUGACAGCUGUCUCUAAUCUAACUAUGAAUGGGAAACCAGUAAGCAUCUUGUGUUGUUUAAUGAUCCCUGAAAAUCCUCUUUGUACCUUGCAGAGUUGGGAUUGCUGCUGUACCUGAGAGACUGGAAAUUGUGAGAGAUCAGCGUGUUCACAAGCCCAAGAAAUCCAACAAGGGUUCUACUAAAUCCAGAAAACACUCUGGUAAGCGUUGUUCUCUCUCAUUAAUAAAUUACAGUUUGGGCUGCUGGCUUUUCCAGUUCCAUGUUAUGAAUGUUCUAUAGCAGUGGUUCACAACCUUUUUUCACUUGAGUACCCCUGGGCAGCCCAUUUCCAUAAAUUGUACCCCAUUAACAAAUGUACAGACACAAUGAUGCACAAACAUACAGAUAAAAACACUGACAUACAUACACAGACACACAAAAACAUACGGAUACAAACACACAUGCAGAUACACAGACACAUAGAUACCCACACUGACACACACAUAUACACACAAUGACACACAGAUACAUACUCUGUCACACAUACAGACACAGAUACCCACACUGACACACAUGCAGAUACAGACAAUAUAUGUGUGUCAGGGUAUGUAUCUGUGUCUGCAUGUGUCAUUGUCGGUGUGGGUAUCUGUGUCUGUAUGUGUGUCAGGGUAUGUAUCUAUGUGUCUGUGUAUCAGGGUGUGUAUCUGUGUCAGUGUAUCUGCAUGUGAGUCAGGGUAUGUAUCUGUGUGUCUGUGUUUCAGGGUAUGUAUCAUACACACUCUGACACACAUGCAGAUACACAGACACAUAUACACAUGCUCUGACAUACUUAAGGAUUCAUACUCUGACACACAGACAGAUACAUAGAAACAUAGAUGUAUUCAUCUAUGUAUCUUUGUAUCUGUAUGUGUGUCAGGGUGUGCAUCUUUAAGCUUGUCAGUGUAUGUAUCUGACACACAGAUACCCAGACACAUAUAUAUAUAUAUAUAUAUAUAUAUAUAUAUACAUACACUUAAAGGGACACUCCAGGCACCCAGACCACUUCUGCCCAUUGGAGUGGUCUGGGUGCCACCUCCCUCUACUCUUAAUCCUACAAGUGUAAUUACCUUGCAGGGUUAACUCCACCUCAAGUGGCUGUCUACUAGACAGCCACUAGAGGACACUUCUUGCUUCGUAGCACAGAAAACCUAUGCUAGAGCGUCGCUGGACGUCCUCACACUGUGUGAGGACCUCCAGCGUCGCUCAUUUCCCCAUAGGAAAACAUUGAAAAGCAUUUUCAAUGUUUUCCUAUGGGGAGCUCUAAUGCGCAUGCGCGGCAUUAGGUCUCCCCGGCCGGUGGGCGGGAUCAGUCUCGCCCACUGGCAGACGUAAUCACUGGGAGGAGCGGCGGCGGGGAAGAAGCAGCGAUGUGGGACAUGUCGCUGCCUCUGGUAAGUAACUGAAGGGGUUUUCACCCCUUCAGCAACAAGGGAUUGGGUGGUGGGAGGGAGAGGGGACCUGCAGUGUCAGGAAAACGGAUUGUUUUCCUGGCACUGGAGUUUCCCUUUAAGGAAACAUACCUUGACACACAUACAGAUACAGACACUGACAUACAUCAUCAUGCACAGAUACGUAACCUGACACACAGAUACACACCCUGAGAAACAGAUACACACAUUGACACACAUGCAGAUACAAAGACACAUAGAUACAAUAAUAUUACCAUCAAAAUGUAGGGGAGGAGAUAGGGAGAUAGUAGGUGCCUUGUGUACUAUAGCUGGAGGUACACAAGGUGGAGGUGAGGCCGCAGGUUGCAGAUGCGCUGUUCGGGUAAGAAGCGUUCUGAAGGCCUGGGCAAAUUGAUCCAUGCGGUGAUCAUUAUCCUCCAGUUUCCUUUCACAAGCAGCUAUGUGCUUACACAAUUCUACAGGAUAUAUGGCCCUGUCGUAAUGUCAGGAUUACAGUAUGAUCCAGCACAUAGAAUUGUGUAACACAGAGAACUGAUAGGUAACGUAUACCGGACCAUAGAAUGGCCAGACUAACGUACCAAAGAAUAGUCAGGAAUAGCCGAGGUCAAGGGAUGCAGAAAGAGACACAACGAUAAGGAAAAGCCAGGUGUCAGGGAUGCCAGAAAACAGGGAAGUCAAAAACAAUGCCAAAAUCAAAUAACCAGAAUAACCAAAAUUAGUAACGCGCUCUCGGACAACCACAAGGGAAACCACGACAGGGCACUGAGCAGGAUGAGAACUGGACCUAAAUACCCCUCCUCUAGAUCUGAUAGGCUGUAGCCGGCCUUUUACCCCAAAGGCAGUUACCAGGUUUCAAUUUGCAUAAUUGCUGCCCAGCAUUAACCAUUCUGUGGAUUUGGUUGCUGCUCGGCACAACUUUUCCUUUGUGGACAGUAAAUGCCAUUAACCACAUUUUUAUAAGCGGAUGAAUAUGUGACAGACUGCAGGCAGAGUUCAGUCCUCCCGCGAGCUCCUCUGAGUGUUGCCGAACUCGCAGGAGGACCUUUCCGCCUCCCUGUUCCUCCUUACCCCUCUCUCCCCCGCAGGCUGCCUGCAGUCUGUCUCCGGUAGGGAGACUUUGAUCUCCCUACCGGCCCAUGAAGGCCCACAGCAGAGCCAGCACUAAUAUAGCGCUGGCUCUGCAUGGGCCAGCAGGGGAGAUCCUGUGAUCUCCCCUGUCGGCCCAUGGCCAUUGCGGCAAACCGGGUUCCCAACCCGUGUGGCCGCCAUUACAGAAAUUAUUUUGCGUACCCCUGGGGGUAUGCAUACCAUGGGUUGGGAACCCCUGUUCUACAGCACAUACUACAACAAACUAUCAAACUAACAAUCUUAUUCUGUAACAAUGUAAAAAUCCUAUGAUAAAAUAAAUCUACAUUUUGUACUGUGACAAGCUAUCUACCCAAUACUGCAACAAACUGACAACCCUAUACUGUACCAACCUUACAAUCCUAUAUUACAAUAAACUGACUGUCUUAUACUACGUCAAACUAUGAACCAUAUACUGCAGCAAUAUAACAAUCCUAUACUGUAACAAUAUAACACUCCUAUACUGUAACAAUAUUACUAUAAACUGACACGUCUUAUACUACAUGAAACAAUGAACCUUAUUCUGCAACAGACGAACAAUUAUAUGAUAGAACAAACGUAACAAUCCUACACUACAGUAAACUGAUACUGUUACGGCACCCCCAGGCAUAAAAGGGUUAAACCGCCAUUUAGUAGAUCUUCCAUUCCAGAGACACGGGCACAGCUACUGCAGAACACCAAUCCGCCGAACAGGAAACCAUAUGAAUGCCGUGAACAGCCGAAUAGGUAAAACCAUGCGAAUAGGUUUACACUCCUAGCAGUCAAACUGGAACAGCAUACAAUAAAUCCCCCCAAGAAUGAGACAAGGCUCUGUUUUGAGGGUCAAGCAGUGAACAGACAGAGCUGUGGGUUUAUUGUUCUUAUAUACACAUUAGUACCACCCACAGGGUUUUGGAACACAACCAAUAAACACAUACAAUACACUCAGAUACUCCCACACAAAAUCCUCCCCUCUGCCUGUGAUACAAUUACCUUACACAAUGGGUAAUAUAAUUAUCACUAGCAGAGAAAUACAUUUUUUCCACAUUAUUCAUAACUUAUAAAGUAUGCAUCACAUUCACAUAAAACCGAAUCAGCAUACUCCAAAUACAAACAUAUGUCAAAAUCAUCCAAAUUGGUCCAUUGGUUCAAAAGAUAAAGCGUAGUCCUUUGUGACCAAAGGAAGCAUGGCUUUUCUGCCCAAAACCAGUUCCACAGUGUCUUCUAUCCUGGAGAUAAUUGGGAAGUAAUCCAAUUAUCUCCAAGGACAGAGGCAAAACUCCAUUGAACACAUGGCAGCAAAAGACAAUAAAACACAUAAAAACAUAUAACUGUGCAGCCAUUGAACAAAACAGGUACAUUCAACAUAUACCCAGAUAGCUCAGAUCUGAGCGCACAUUAUUACUGAAUGGCGCUCAGAGCACACACAAACAGUUCAAUUGCCAUGGAGCCAAAGUCUUUCCCAUAGUCUUUCAUUAUACGAAUGGGCUCCAUGGCAUAGCUAUCUGGGGUAUCACCACUCAAACAGGGCCAGCACCGAAUGACCCGGCUUUCGUGUCUCCGCAGGGGAAAAUCAAGCGUUUCAACAUGGGGCCAUAGUCUAAAGGCAGCAGGCGGGCAACCAGGCUGCUCCAAUGCACAGUGGCGAGAUUGGUCUCGUCACAGAUACAUAUUACACCAAGGUGCCAAAAAAGUAGACCCCUAGAUGUUUUAAAUCUACAUCUUCCAUGAUCCUUUGACAUUCUAAAGGCAUGCAAAACAUCAUAGGAGUUGUAGUUCUACCUUACACAAGGACACAAUGCUUCUACUACUUGCAUACUACUUGAAAUUCACAACUAAACAAUGAAAAAUCAUUAAACUUGAAAUUAGAAAAAAUAAUUUGAUAUAAUUAGUGAAGAGGUUUAAAAAAAGUGUCUGUCUUAUCAUUAACCCUUACAUCACCCGAUAUAGUGUGAAGGAAUAUGGCAUAGAAUUUCAUUUAUUUUGUUUUACCUGCUUGUGCUGCCAGUAAGCAAAUUUUAUUUAAAAAAAAAAAAAAAAAGUGAAUUUAUUUUGUCAAUGUGCCCCCACCUGGAGCAAACCGGAAUGAUUUCAGUAGAUAUUAUAUGUUUAAUAAUCAUGCAAAUCAUAUUGUCUUGUCUGGAAUACAUUCAGAAAGAAAAACUCCUGUAGUUCAAAGUAAAAAGUAACUAAUGCAACAGAGUGAACAUUCCAUGUGUGUUAAAGCAAAAAUAACACAAGGCAACAAUCAAUAACAUUUUAUAAAUAUUAUAACAAACAAACGUCCCAUUCUUACAAAAAAGAAAUGGCAGAGAAAUGGCAGAGUAAAGCAAAUAACAAAUAAAAACAACUAAAAUUGCAUAAAAAAACUAAAAACCACAUAUUGUGACAACCCGCCCAAACAUAAUAAAUCUCCCAUUAAAUAUCACUGUAAUACCAUAAUACAUUAAAUUCACAUGCGCUUUAUAUGUUAGAAUUACAUGCAUACCAUAAUACAUUAAAUUCACAUGCGCUUUAUAUGUUAGAAUUACAUGCAUACCGUAAUACAUUAAAUUCACAUGCGCUUUAUAUGUUAGAAUUACAUGCAUACUGUAAUACAUUAAAUUCACAUGCGCUUUAUAUGUGAGAAUUACAUGCAUACUGUAAUACAUUAAAUUCACAUGCACUUUAUAUGUUACAAUUACAUACUGUAAUACAUUAAAUUCACAUGCGCUUUAUAUGUUAGAAUUACAUGCAUACUGUAAUACAUUAAAUUCACAUGCACUUUAUAUGUUAGAAUUACAUGCAUACUGUAAUACAUUAAAUUCACAUGCGCUUUAUAUGUUAGAAUUACAUACUGUAAUACAUUAAAUUCACAUGCACUUUAUAUGUUACAAUUACAUGCAUACUGUAAUACAUUAAAUUCACAUGCGCUUUAUAUGUUAGAAUUACAUGCAUACUGUAAUACAUUAAAUUCACAUGCAUUUUAUAUGUUACAAUUACAUGCAUACUGUAAUACAUUAAAUUCACAUGCACUUUAUAUGUUAGAAUUACAUGCAUAGUGUAAUACAUUAAAUUCACAUGCACUUUAUAUGUUAGAAUUACAUGCAUACUGUAAUACAUUAAAUUCACAUGCACUUUAUAUGUUAGAAUUACAUGCAUAGUGUAAUACAUUAAAUUCACAUGCACUUUAUAUGUUAGAAUUACAUGCAUACUGUAAUACAUUAAAUUCACAUGCACUUUAUAUGUUAGAAUUACAUGCAUACUGUAAUACAUUAAAUUCACAUGCGCUUUAUAUGUUAGAAUUACUUGGAUACUGUAAUACAUUAAAUUCACAUGCACUUUAUAUGUUAGAAUUACAUGCAUACUGUAAUACAUUAAAUUCACAUGCAUUUUAUAUGUUAGAAUUACAUGCAUACUGUAAUACAUUAAAUUCACAUGCAUUUUAUAUGUUAGAAUUACAUACUGUAAUACAUGAAAUUCACAUGCACUUUAUAUGUUAGAAUUACUGUAAUACAUUAAAUUCACAUGCAUUUUAUAUGUUACAAUUACAUACUGUAAUACAUUAAAUUCACAUGCACUUUAUAUGUUAGAAUUACAUACUGUAAUACAUGAAAUUCACAUGCACUUUAUAUGUUAGAAUUACAUACAUACUGUAAUACAUUAAAUUCACAUGCGCUUUAUAUGUUACAAUUACAUACUGUAAUACAUUAAAUUCACAUGCGCUUUAUAUGUUACAAUUACAUGCAUAGUGUAAUACAUUAAAUUCACAUGCACUUUAUAUGUUACAAUUACAUGCAUACUGUAAUACAUUAAAUUCACAUGCGCUUUAUAUGUUAGAAUUACAUACAUACUGUAAUAUAUUAAAUUCACAUGCGCUUUAUAUGUUAGAAUUACAUGCAUACUGUAAUACAUUAAAUUCACAUGCGCUUUAUAUGUUAGAAUUACAUGCAUACUGUAAUACAUUAAAUUCACAUGUACUUUAUAUGUUAGAAUUACAUGCAUACUAUAAUACAUUAAAUUCACAUGCACUUUAUAUGUUAGAAUUACAUGCAUACCGUAAUACAUUUAAUUCACAUGCACUUUAUAUGUUACAAUUACAUGCAUACUGUAAUACAUUAAAUUCACAUGCACUUUAUGUUACAAUUACAUGCAUACUGUAAUACAUUAAAUUCACAUGCACUUUAUAUGUUACAAUUACAUACUGUAAUACAUUAAAUUCACAUGCACUUUAUAUGUUAGAAUUACAUACUGUAAUACAUGAAAUUCACAUGCGCUUUAUAUGUUAGAAUUACAUACAUACUGUAAUACAUUAAAUUCACAUGCGCGUUAUAUGUUACAAUUACAUGCAUACUGUAAUACAUUAAAUUCACAUGCGCUUUAUAUGUUACAAUUACAUGCAUACUGUAAUACAUUAAAUUCUCAUGCGCUUUAUAUGUUAGAAUUACAUGCAUACUGUAAUACAUUAAAUUCACAUGCAUUUUAUAUGUUACAAUUACAUGCAUACUGUAAUACAUUAAAUUCACAUGCACUUUAUAUGUUAGAAUUACAUGCAUAUGUAAUACAUUAAAUUCACAUGCACUUUAUAUGUUAGAAUUACAUGCAUACUGUAAUACAUUAAAUUCACAUGCACUUUAUAUGUUACUUACAUGCAUACUGUAAUACAUUAAAUUCACAUGAAUAUGUUAGAAUUACAUGCAUACAUUAAAUUCACAUGUAUAUGUUACAUGCAUACUGUAAUACAUUAAAUUCACAUGCACUUUAUAUGUUAGAAUUACAUGCAUAGUGUAAUACAUUAAAUUCACAUGCACUUUAUAUGUUAGAAUUACAUGCAUACUGUAAUACAUUAAAUUCACAUGCACUUUAUAUGUUAGAAUUACAUGCAUACUGUAAUACAUUAAAUUCACAUGCGCUUUAUAUGUUAGAAUUACUUGGAUACUGUAAUACAUUAAAUUCACAUGCACUUUAUAUGUUAGAAUUACAUGCAUACUGUAAUACAUUAAAUUCACAUGCAUUUUAUAUGUUAGAAUUACAUGCAUACUGUAAUACAUUAAAUUCACAUGCAUUUUAUAUGUUAGAAUUACAUACUGUAAUACAUGAAAUUCACAUGCACUUUAUAUGUUAGAAUUACUGUAAUACAUUAAAUUCACAUGCAUUUUAUAUGUUACAAUUACAUACUGUAAUACAUUAAAUUCACAUGCACUUUAUAUGUUAGAAUUACAUACUGUAAUACAUGAAAUUCACAUGCACUUUAUAUGUUAGAAUUACAUACAUACUGUAAUACAUUAAAUUCACAUGCGCUUUAUAUGUUACAAUUACAUACUGUAAUACAUUAAAUUCACAUGCGCUUUAUAUGUUACAAUUACAUGCAUAGUGUAAUACAUUAAAUUCACAUGCACUUUAUAUGUUACAAUUACAUGCAUACUGUAAUACAUUAAAUUCACAUGCGCUUUAUAUGUUAGAAUUACAUACAUACUGUAAUAUAUUAAAUUCACAUGCGCUUUAUAUGUUAGAAUUACAUGCAUACUGUAAUACAUUAAAUUCACAUGCACUUUAUAUGUUACAAUUAGAUACAUACUGUAAUACAUUAAAUUCACAUGCACUUUAUAUGUUACAAUUAGAUACAUACUGUGAUACAUUAAAUUCACAUGCACUUUAUAUGUUAGAAUUACAUGCAUACUGUAAUACAUUUAAUUCACAUGCAUUGUAUAUGUUACAAUUACAUACAAUUAGGCAGAUGUAACAACUGCAGCUUUGAAAAGGAAAAUGGGCAGUUCUUAAAUUGUCCCUGAAAUUCUGUAAUAAUGGAAAACAUAUGCAUGAGGGUAAAUCUACCCGUUUUUAAAGAUCUGAAAUUCGGAGAAGGAAGGCACAGGAGGGGUGAAUGGGUGUACCAGUGUUGCAACUAGCAUAAAAAAUAAAACACACAGCUGUAAUGGGGACAUAUCUUCCAGGCGUGCUUAUAUACCAGCUAAUGCACAGAAUUGGUUUUUAAGUGCAAAGCAAGCAGGAUCUACAGCUCAAUACCGUGUGGCACAGCCAUUCUUCUGGGUAUGUUCUCUAUGUUGACCAGUCUGCAGGGGCAUUGCUGUAGUAUCCAAGCACAAUUUGUUACAUUUUAUUUUUAAUUUUUCAUUGCAGUAAUUGACAUGAAGUUUAGGAAAUUUUUAGAAACCAUGUAAUGAGUUGUAUAUGUUUGUGAAAACACAAGAAAUAAAUAUUGUAAUAAAGUUUGACAGUGAAUAAUGAUAAAAUGCUCCCAAUACUGUGCAGUCGCUCCAAGAUGGCAAGAUAUCAAAAUGAAAUAAUUCUUCUUACUGUCUCCUUAUUACCUUUUUGUAUCAUUCAGUUCUUUGUCAUCUGCCCUCGAAGUCCCACUUUCUUUAUCCACCUCACUUCCCUGCCUCUUCCAUUUCCAUUUUUGUUUUCCCUCUCCCAACACUUUAUGUCUCAUCCCAGUUCCCUGUCCACACCCCUCUUCAAUUUUAGCUAACCUAUCCCGCAACCCUAUUUCCAAAUUCUUUCUUUCAUACUCUGUCCUAUUUAUUAUAGUGAAAAACUCUUCAAAAAACAAUAUGUGAUGAUAGGCUAAUCUUCACUUCAAAAGUUCUGGGUGGGAAGGUUUCUUUGGGCUUAUAGUGAUGUCAGCGUGACUUUAUAGUAGGGCAGCUUGAAGACGACAUUAUCAAGCAGAUGUGCCUUGAUAUUGGCAGAAAGCUAUGGCAACACAACUGACAGUCAGUUUGAGACACAUUUCUUUUAGCUGGUCUGCAACAUGGAGCACUGGCAAGACCCAGAGGAACCAAACUGGAGUGGGUCCCAAACUCUUCGAGAGUCCUGAUGCCCCUUUGCUCAUGUUGCAUUUAGCCCUUUUAAACCAUUAUCUCAAGGAUAGAGGCCUUGGUAACCACAAUGACUGAGAAUGUCUUGAUUUUGUUUAAUUACUUCACGGGUUCUAAGUAGUUUAGUGUUUGUCAUUGUGUAAAAGACGAGUGAAUAAUGACACUGACGACUAGAUUUAAAAAAAAAAAAAUUCUUAAAUUUCUUCUUUUGGAAGCCUACUUUAAGGUGGUUUACUCAGUUCUUUUUUUUCAUCCUUACCAGAUGGAUCCAACUCGCAGGUUCACCAGCUGCCCCCAUCAAUGUACACAGACACUCGUUGCAUCCGUAGGAAGAAACGUGCAGCUGGACACGACCCCCUCUCUCGCCUCUCAGCUCUGAGGGACGAGCUUUGUCACCGAGCACUGUCGGAUGAUCGGGCCGCCAUUCUGACCAGCACCGAACCUGAUGACUCCAGCGGCCAUGCCACCCUUCUGUGA